AUGGGAGAGUUACCUGAGUGUCGCGUUAAUCAACCAUUUAAAGUUUUUAUGAAUAGUGCAAUAGACUUUGCCGGCCCAUUUAUGAUCAAAACAUCGACAUUACGUGCCAGCAAAGUGCUAAAAGCAUACGUGUCGGUAUUUGUGUGUAUGGCGUCGAAAGCAAUUCAUUUAGAGCUUGUAAGUGAUUUGACAGCCGAUGCCUUUAUCGCCGCCUUGCGUCGUUUCAUAGCAAGAAGAGACAGGGUGUACAACAUAUACUCCGAUAAUGCUACGAAUUACGUAAAAGCUAACAGAAUUUUAAAAGAACUGAGCCAGUUGGAGCAGGAAACAUUUCAAAAACAUGCAGAUCAAGAGCUCUUGGCGAAUGGAAUAGAAUGGCAUUUUGCGCCACCAGAUAGCCCACACCAUAAUGGGUUGGCGGAACACCAGCGUGUGAAAUCGAUGAAAUUUCAUCUAAAAAGAGCGUUGGGUGACAGAGUACUCACAUUUGAAGAAAUGAGCACGCUAUUGGGCCAAGUUGAAGCAGUGGUAAACGCAAGGCCAAUAUGCGAGAUGAGCCAAGACCCAAAUGACUUCUCAGCUCUGACACCAUCGCAUUUUCUAAACCUGGUUCCAAUUGAAUUGCCUCCAGAUACUGACUACGUCGACAUGAAGUCGAGCUACCUGACAAGGUGGCAGUUGGUUCAAAAAGUACACCAGAAUUUUUGGAAUGGGUGGAAGCGUGAUUACUUGAACCAACUGCAAGUCAGGCAAAAGUGGAAUACGGAAAAGGCAGACGUCAAGUUAAAUGAUCUUGUCAUGAUCAGAGAUGACAAUCUGCCAUCCACGAAAUGGGCAACUGGAAGGGUGGUUGCCACACAUCCCGGUGAAGAUGGUCACACAAGAGUGGCAUCGGUCAAAACAGCACAUAAUACGUUCAAGAGAAGUAUUACCAGGUUGGCACCGUUACCGCUUAUGACUACGUUAUUACUCAUUUUUUCAACGCUAUCGAAAACCAAUGCGGUGUCACAUUUCGGAAACGAUUCACCAGCUUUCAAGAUAGAAAACUUUGAGCAUCGACCGGGCAUGUACUUCGAAACAAUUUCAAAAAC